CUCUGACCUUACGGUCACCCUGUAUAACACUGCAGGUUACUCCGUACACACCAAAGAUCCGUGCAGCAACGUCAACGCAACGGAGCUGAGACCCACCCUAAAAUUGGAGAGAUAAUUUUGACGCCAGGUGUAACCAUGAGUGAUCCAGUACAGCCACCACCAGGCAGCGAGCAACCACCGCCCCCUUAUCCUACAGAAUACAAGGCACCUGAUGGCAGCUACCCGCCGCCCCAGGGCCAGCCAGGAUACGCCCCACAGGGCCAGCCAGGAUACGCCCCACAGGGCCAGCCGGGUUACCCCCCACAGGGACAGCCUGGGUACCCCCCACAGGGCCAGCCUGGGUACCCCCCUCAAGGCCAGCCCGGUUACGCCCCACAGGGCCAGCCAGGUUACCCACCACCGGGCACCGUAGGUUACCAUGCAGGCACCACUGUGGUGACCGCCCAGCCUGCUGUCACUACCGUCAUUCAGCAGUCAUUCCGGGAGUUCCCUGUCCAGUGCCAGUGUCCCAACUGUCACAAUCAGGUGACCUCUCAGGUGACCUACGUCACGGGGACCCUAGCCUGGCUCCUCUGCCUGAUCAUGUUUUUCUUUGGGUUGUGGAUCUGUUGCUUCAUCCCGUUCUGCAUCGACAGCUGUCAGGAUGCCAUUCACAACUGCCCGGUCUGCAAGUACCAGUUAGCCACCUUCAAUCGCAUGUAGACACCCAGCAGCAUGGGCUGUGAGAUCACAAGAAAGGUUCUCCCCUCCCCUUCAUCCUUUCCCUCCCUCAAUCCAGACCUUGCAUGGAACAUCUCAAAACUUGGAGCACUUGGAACAUUCCAUGUGCAGUGGCACCAGUUCAAAUUAGGGUACGCACAAGGUUCUCAAUUAGAACAGUCUUGGAAAGAAGCUCAUGAGUUUGUUUGUCUGAUAAAAGAAAACGCAGCUGUGUACGCUUACUUUGGACUGGCCUGUUGUUGUGGUGGAACACCAGAGUUGUCAACAAAUUAUCACAAGUCAUCACAGGUCAAUCACAAGUCAUGAUAGUCUGAAGUCAAGUGACAAGCUAGUGUAUAGUGACAAAGGCAUUCCUUAGUCACUUUGCAUCCCCUGUCUCUUAUGACCCAACGUGUGAUUUGACUUGUGAUUACAACGCGAUUACAACUCUUCUUUGGCAACAUGGUGCAGUGUUGCCAGGAAAGCAACAUGCUCACAAACCAAGAUCCGUGUUUUGAGAUUUUUCCAAAUGGAGGUUAUUGUAUUCUUAAUCACCGUUUUUUUGUUUUUUUUAAUCAAAUUUAACUUUUGUGUAGGUCUGAUCUCAUGUCCCCUUAAUAGGCAUAAUUUCCCUGGCGCCUAUCCAGUCAACCCAGUCAACAGCCCGUUGAAAUUUUCUCUCCCAUGUCAACUACAUUGUUUGUCCAGGCCAAACUUUUCAAAAGAGGAAGGAAGUCAUCCUGGGGAAAAAGAAACAAUUAUAGGGAGUGGUUUCUAAGGAAAAAACAGAGAGUGUUUUUCUUUGGUUUACUGACCUCUUGUUCACAUUGAAUUUAGUUUGGAUAUUAGCAUAUAGUUUUUUACCAUAAAAAUGGUUUGGAUGCAGUUGUUUCCAGUACUAUGUAAGGAAAAUUGUUUUCCUGUUGGAUAAACAACCAACCUGCCAAAUUGCAGACAGAUUUUUAAAAAAUGCAGCACGUCUUUUAAAAUAUCCGUUCAGUGAUUUUUCACUUGAUGAGCAGGACUUCGUCCAAAUAUUGAAGCUUCAUUGCAUUGUGCAGUUCAUUUGAGCUCUCUCAAAAAUGACAAAAGUCCAAUAAAAAAAACCUCUGAUACUUCCCUGGAAGAGACCAUUUCCGACCCCCUGUUGAUGUCAGAUUUUGAUACUUCAGCCUGUUCUGUAAUCUUGCUAAAUCUUGCUUAUAAUCUUGUUAUAAUCACACAACUCACAACGUUUGCAAGCACUUGGAACUGGGAACUGUCCAAAUUGAGGAUGCCAAUACACAUUGCACAAAUUAUAAAAUUGUAUUUUGUUCUUAAUACUUGUUUUUGUCAUGAAAUUACAAAAAUAUAGUAAAAACAAUAUAGUGAUCAUGGUAAUUAAAUGAAGGUCUGAUUUUUUUUUUUAUCAUUUCUCCUUUUUUAGACAGCAAACAUGUAUAAGUUUUCUUGCAUUUAAACUGAGGUGUUUCGAGCAAGUCUAACUAAAAGUAAGUAAGUCGUAGUUUUAAGCUGUUUUAAUGGAUUUAAGUGUAACUCAAAUGUCUAGUCGUAAUGAAUGGUUUGCUAGUGUUUUUUUUUAGAGUAGAAUAUAUGAGCUGUUACGCAUGAGCGUUUCUCACGCAUCGUGCGCGCGGCGUGCAAUACUAGAUCAAAAGGGAUGGGAUGAAAAUGCAUGGUGAAUGGAACCAAAAAUGCACAGUUAUGACGUAGGCCGUGCAAAGGUUCGAUUAAUGAAUACCGCGUGACCUACAAUCCUCCAAUCAAAUGACAAGGAUUUACUUGGGUGCUAUAUACAAUCUAUUAUGAGUUACAGAUAAAGCCAAUAUUACUUGUAGUUCCACAAAAUUAUGAACAUGUGUUUAUUAAUGGUUAUAGUACAUUGUAGUAUAGUCAAACAGGAUUCUCGCAUGAGUGCUUAAUUGUCUUAAUAUGAGAAACAUUUUACGAUUUUUUUUUUUUUUGAUUCCAGUUUUUACUAAUUUUUAACAGCAUUUAAAAGUCUCAACUAUCCCAACUAAACAUUUCUUCAUGUAUUUAUUUAUUUUUAUUUUUUUUAUGCAGGCUUUUUUAUCAGGUUUAUUUUGUUUUUAAUGAUAUUCUUGUGGGAAAAAAAUAUUAGUAUUCCAACUUGCAGGGUCAUGCACUAGAAAUACAAAUGUUUAUUCUGAAAUGUUGAAUUUUGCAUUGUAGCACACGUGCAUCGGUCUUUUACCAGUUUUAUUUUUGAUCUUGUUUUCUUUUUUACCUUGAAAUUCGUGCUCUGAAAAAACAAGGAGACUUUCUUUAUUUGAGUUCUCUCCGCAUAUUAGUUACCCAAAUACUUGUUUUAUUUUACAGCACAUUAGAUCGUUUAUUUUUGUAUGCUUCCGGGGUAUCUCCAUUUUCACCAAAUAUCAAUGUACAUGUAUUCAGGUUUUUUAUCUGUGUAGAUUUUCAAAGUAUUUUAGUGGCUUUUUGUCCUUAAAAAAAGACAUGUAUAAAUAAUGUAUCUAAAUAUGAAUGUCAUGCAUGCUAUAGAUUGCAGUUUUCAAAAAAUCAAGUAGCAUGCUACAUACAUGUGUAGCAUGCUACAUGUGUAGCAUGCUACAUGUACUUGAUUUUCUGAAAACUGCAAUAUUUAGCCAGUGUCCGUUUGGUUAGCAAAAGGAUACACCAUGUUAUUUUUUAGAGGCUUGGACUGCUUGAGUGUCAAGAAAGUGAAGCUGAAUUUGAGAAGGAGAUCGAGUCACAUAAAACAGUGGAUUUGUCGGUUUGUAUUUACAUCGUCAUUUAGAACUUUUUUGGGCAGAUCACACACGUAGCUUUUUAAGGGGCCGUAUCAUAAGUCCAACACCUCAUAGGUCCGACGCCUCAUAAGGCGUCAGACUUAUUAGGCAUAAAUUCCACCUCAUAGGUCCGACGCCUCAUAAGUCUGACACCUCAUAAGUCCUACAAUGGACAAACGCUGUCUCAGACUUAUGAGGCAUCGGAGCUUUGAGGCGUCGGACUUACGAGGCAUCGGACUUUCGAGGCGUCGGGGCUAUGAGGCGUUGGACUUAUGCGGCGUCAGACCUAUGAGGCGGAAUAAAUAAUUUUUGUGCCUCAUAAGUCCGACGUCUCAUAUGUCCGUCGCCUCAUAAGACUGAAAUUUUGGACUUACGAGACGUCGGACCUACAUGUAUGAGGCGUCAGACUUAUGAGCGGUCCCCCUUUUUAAAAUGGGUAAUCUGCAGUCUAACCUGCUAAAUCUAACAAAAUCCAACAUUUGAGAUUUUGACGUAGGCUUUGAUUACAAGCGUAAACUGGCCAUGCCUUGAAGCGUUAGUUCAAUUUCUCCACAAUGUAUUAAAAGUUUGAAAGAAAUCACUUGCUGUUGGAUCUCCCGUUAGGGUUAAUUGAUUUUCUUUUAAAUUAUGAUAUUGAAGUGAGAUUGGUUUGAUAGCUUGCGAUUGAUUAUGCAGUCUUGAAACAGUCAAGUAAUGGACUUCUAGUUUAAAUGACAUUGAUACUCCUUUUCUUCUGAUGUACUACCAUAUAAUUAUUAUGAAUAAAAAGUAGAUUAGUAGUAAA